GUUUUAUAUCCUAACAGCUUUCAAAUGACGAAGAAUAUAAAACUAAUUAAUGAGACGUGACAACAUCGCACUUUUAUACUAUAGAAGUAAGCUUUUAUUCAGAUAAAUUUGUUGCGUGUUAACUUCAACGAAUGAUCGUUCGAAGCAGAUGGAAAACGUUAAAAUCAUUGGUAUUUUGGGAUUUUAAACAAACUUGCCAAAAAUAUCCUUGACCGUGAAGGGAAGUGCGUAUCACUCAAUGACUCGUAUACAGUGGGAAAUAAAAAUAUUCGUACCUCCUUCAAACAGAAUAACAUUUUUAAUAUUGGUUCAUGCGAUUUAAAUCAUUUCAGAAAUUAGAGGGAUUAGUUUUCUACGUGACGUAUAACGAAAACUUUUUUUUUAAAUACAACUGGUCGAAAUCGCGAGUAAAUAGAAAUGUCUUUCUUUAACUUUUUUACCCGCGUCUGCCAUAAAAAUUGUUAUAACACAAUUCGAAGAUCUAUGCCAAUUAUACACAUGGUAAAAAUUUCAUUGAAAUCGGUUAACGCUAUUGUAAGCUACAGAGGCUUAAAGUCGAGGAUUAAGAUUAAAAAUCUUAUCUUUUUUAUCUAUAACCACAUAGUGGUUUAAAAAAAAAAAAAAAAAAAAAAACUAAUCGAAUUGAGUAACCUCCUCCUUUUCAAAGUCGGUUAAUAAAAACGAAAAAAUAAUGUAACGUAUCUGGAAAGGGUCUAGCGGCUAGACUCUAGCCGAGUAAGCAUGGUAAAAGUGCCCCCAAACCAAUUCGAACGGUAUUCAUAUCAUUCGAUAAGUGGUUCGAAGAAACCCCUUUCCACAGAGUUUUGAUCCGUUAUCUCCACUACAGGGGUGAUUACGGGGUGGAAAUCAUUUGGAAAAGUGCUUUAUCGUUAAAAAAUUAUUCAUUCAUAUUUCCUAAUUUUUUAUUCGGAAAAAAGUCGCACAUACUUUUAAAAUCGAUAUAAUUUAAAUAUAUUUAUUUACAUACUUCUUUAACUAUAUGAUCACUAUAUGUAGUUUCAAAUACGAGUAGUACCGAACUCCUGUCGAUUAGAAUUCCCACGGCUUAGUUUUUCCAAAAAAUCUGAAAAAAUUACACAUUAAUAGUCGUAAUGUUGUGCUGUACCUGUAAAAAUAUGAACAUGGUCACGUAAGUAAGUAAGGCAAUAUGAAGCUUUUUCUCAAUUUUUUAAUCAAUUUUGAUUUUUUUGACUACGUUCCACUCUUUCGAAAAAUCUGAAAAAAUUAGAGGUUACUAAUUCUAAUCAGAGCUUUUUACUGUAUAAAUAUAAACGUGGUCACUUGACAACUUCGAUAAAAAAACGACGAUUAAAAUCUUUUCGAAUUUUUUAAAAAUCGAAUUUGCAUUCAAAAAUUCUGAAAAAAUUUUCGGAUGUGCAUAUCAAUUGAUAGAAUAUCCAUGGUUUUUUUCAUAACUUUCUAUUGAGCAGAACGAGAGAUAUUAACGAUAAACCGAAAAAUGAUUUCCACCCCGUAAUCACCCCUGUAGUGGAGAUAACGGAUCAAAACUUUGUGGAAAGGGGUCUCUUCGAACCAUCUAUCGAAUGGUAUGAAUACCGUUCGAAUUGGUUUGGGGGCACUUUUACCAUGCUUACUCGACUAAACCAUUUUUGUUAUUGCCACUGCGCAAGACAAGAAGAGAAAGAGGAUGGGAAAGUCGCGAAUAAAAGAAGACUGAGCGUCAGAAUUUUGCGAGAUACGUAGGUGUAUAAUGGUGUGCAGAACACGUGGCAGCGAACUGUGAGUCAGAGCGUCAAAUUUGAAAAGUAACGGGAUUAGCUAUUUGCGAGACCGUACAAGUUUAUGUGUGCGAUAGUUUAUUUAAACUAAAUUGUUAAAGACUGGUACAAACUAAUUAUUCGGUAUUUGCGUUAGUGUAAUAUAGUGUAAGAUAAUAUAUUUAGCUUUACGUUUUGUUGAUUAUCAAACAGACUAUUUUAUUUUUCCUCUCUUUUAAGAGAAGCGAGUUUAAAUUAGUGAUAAGGUUAAAUGAACGUUAACAUGUUUAAUAUUCAAUAUCAACAGAUUAGUGACAGUGGAGAAAAUGUAAACUCUUUAUUGAAUAUUGAGCAAGCCAUUGAAUGUUUAAAUUCUUGGGGAGAUUGGACGGGAAAUGAGCAAUGGCUAACAAGUACAGCGGAAGAAUUAAGUAAACGGUAUAGGGAGCUGAGGAAAGACAUAAGAGAAAAUAUUAAUUCACAGUAUUGUGAACGCUUAGCCUACCACUAUUAUAACCUUGCAAGCUACUGUAAUGAUGAGCUAUUUAAUAAAUAUAGGAUUAAUUUAGAAAGCAUAAAGAAAUAUCUAGAAAAAUGUUUAGAGAAGCUUACUGAAGUUUCUCAAGAUGAUUAUUCAAAUGAGAUAAAAGAAUUAAAGAACGAUGCUGAAAAUUUUUUAGCAGAAGUAAAUGAAAUAUACACACAGCAGGAAAGUCAGCUAACACAAUACAGAGCUUCUAAUAUGAAAAAGUAUAUAAAAUUAUGUAUUGUUUUAGGUCAUAUCGACCAUAUUCCUUUGCAACAAUGCUCUGAUGAAAAGAAUAGACAGCAGAUUCAAAAUAUUCAGCUGUUAAGAGUAAUUAUCAUGCUAGAAGAUGCAAUUACUGUACCGGUGUAUAAAAAUGCUUUCGUUACUGCAGAGCAGUCUGAUUAUUUAGGUCAAGUGUAUCAAUUGGCUGGCCAAUCUGCACUGAGUAUGCGGUAUAAGAGAACUAGUGACAAUCUCAAAAAAACUGUAUAUUUAAUGGAGAAACAUAAUGAUAACAGACAGGAAAUAAAAGAUAUUAUCAGUAAAGAAAUCACAAAAUACAAAAGUGAUUUAGCGCAAGUUAAAAGUUAUAUAGAAGAAACGUUUCAUAAAUCGCUUAGCACUAUCGACGACGCUUAUAUUGAGAAAAAAUAUAUAAAAUAUUGUGCAAGGUUUUGGCUAGAAGAAACAACAAAUUUUCUAAAAACACUGAUUGAAAGUAAAAGCCGUACUGUUAUUCAAGAAAUUUUUAAUUCACUAGAUGAUAUAAAAGGUUUAAGCCAAAUUCCUAAUCCUUUAAACGAACUUGAAUAUUAUACUCUUUUAAUGGAGCACUAUAGAUUAGUUAGGAAAGAAGAUGAAAAAACUUUCAUAAGUCGAUUUAAAAAAGAGUGCUUGGAACAAAUAGUUGCCUAUAGUGAUUCUGCUAAAAAAGAGUUAGUGCUUCUAGAAACUUUUGUUAAUUUUUUAAGUUUCUCUAAAAGUCUUCAAUCAAUUGUUGCUGAACUAGAAUUAGAAGAUUUUUAUCGUGGUUAUUUAUCGUUUGAUGAGUUGAUCGAUAAUAUUAUGAAGCUUGAAGUAGAUAUUUAUGGUGAAAAUCUUACAGUUUUGCAAGAAGCAACAGAGGGCUUAAAGGAGGAAGAUCUUUUUUUAACAGACAAAUUUAAGGAAGUUAUAGGUGCUUAUAUAAAACCAGUAGGAAUACAAGAAAGAAGAAUAGAUGAUCGAUUGGUUGUUGAAGUGACAGGAAAGAACAUUGUUGUCAGUGAAAUUUUACAGCUAUUAGAAAAUACACUUUUAAAAAAUCCAAAUAUAGAGGACGUACAUUUUGUUGGUGCUGAUAUUAUACAUAUUGAUACAAACCUUAAGAGUAAAGUUUGGCAGGGAAAGAAUGUAGUUAUUUUAACAAAAGCAAUAAAAGUUCAUGAUCAAGUAACUUGGGAUGUAUCUGGAAAAGAUAACGAUCAUAUUUAUUCUCAUAGUGCGGGUACUGGACAAGAUGGUCAUGGUAAGCAAGGAAAAGAUGGUUAUCCUGGAGAAAGUGGCGGCAAUGUUUUGAUUAUAGCAGAGAAAAUAGAAAAUCCGGAAGAUUUUACUAUUAUUUCAAAUGGCGGAAGGGGCAGUAAAGGCCAGGAUGGCGGUAAUGGAAGAGAUGGUAACAAUGGAAUGGGUAUUACGAAGGCAGAAUUUGAUAAAAAGUUUCCUCCUGUUGCUGAUUUUGGUUCAGGAGUGUUACGUAGACAAGGUACAAUAAAAAAGUUUGUUGAGAACAUUGAAAAUGAUUCAUCAACAGUAGAAACUCUGUGGUGCACAAGGGCUAAUAUUACAACAAUUGGAGACAUUAUUGCAGAAAUUGUAGAUAAUAUUUCUUAUAAUGACAGAAUAUUCGAGACGACAGAUGGUGACAGUUCGCUAUAUGUAUAUUUUGAAGAGAAUAUUUUUAUAAAAACAGUUACAAGCCAAGGAAAUGAGGUCACUUUUUCUUUUGAGCGUGGAGGUGGGCUGACAAAUCGUCAGGCUUUUUUUCUCUAUAAAGGGUCAUUAGGACAACCUGGAUGGCAUGGUGGAGAAUAUGGUUUAGGUGGUCAAGGGGGAUAUGCUGGAGAGAUAAUAGUAAAAAAUCUAGAAAAUAGCAGCCAGGAGUGUGGUAUUAUGAAAAAUACCAACCAAGGACAAGAAGGAGAAAAGGGACAGGGAGGCCUAUAUGGUAUCCAUGGGAAAAAUGGUUGGGAUAUGGGUUAUAUGGAUUAUUGGGUUUCAGGAUUUUUCACAGAAAAGUGGCCUAAAUUUUUCGGUACAGAUCAAAGCAGUAAAUGUACACUAGAAUAUUAUAAUAAUAAUUCAAGUGAUCGAGUAUGGUGUCCAUAUAAUAAAAAAUAUGCAAAAAUUAUAUCUACCAAUAUUGAGCACAAGAAACAAAAAAAAUAUGAGGAAAGGAAGAAUACUAGACAGAAUAGUGCGCGACAACAUCACGCACAAGCGAUAAGGAAAAAAAAUCUUUCACAAAGUAGCAUUUUAGCUAGUUAUUCUCAUCACCUUAGUUCUAUGGAAAAAAAUACAUUGCAGAACUUACGAUCUGAUUUAGAAAAUACUAAACAACAAGCCUUACAAGCAAUCACUGAAAAUCAAGAACAGCAGGAAAAGCAAACUACAGAAUUAAGAAUUAAGCGUCAUUCUCCUUACCAGAAUAAAAGUAACCAUCACAAUGACAUCUUUAUUACAACAUCUAGUACCACUUACAGAGAGACUAUUGAUGUUGAAAGUUUUAUUGAUAAGCUAAAAAAAGAACCAUUGUUGCUAGAUAAUUGGUUUCAACUAAUAGAACUGAGCUUAUCUCAACUUGAUCAGUUAUUUUUAAUUUUUGAAGGUCUAAAAAGUAGAUAUACUGAAACACAAAGCUUACAAGAUAAUACGGAAAACAGUAAGCUACAAGUCAUAGAAAAGCUUUUGAUCGAUAAGUAUAGACUUGCUACAUUGCAAGAAAUUGCAAAGCAAUUACCACCUUACCAAGAAGUUACAGAUAGUAUAGAAAUAACACCUAAAACUGCAGCAAGAUAUUUAAUUGAGGCAAAAGAAAAUGAUAAUGAUGUUUCUCAUCCUAUUUUAGGGACUCUGAAUCAAUAUUUUUAUGAAAGGAAUGAACAGCAUCAUAACGAAAUAUUUAAAUUUUGUGAAGAGGAAUUGCAGAACAGUAAUGAAAAUUGUGAAAUCCUGAAACGUUCUUUGAAAACGUUUAUUUUAGAAGUAGGAGAAUCAGAAGGAGUACAUUCCUCUAUUAAAAAGUACUAUAAUGAACAUAAAGAAUUUUUAGAAAAACGAAAACCCAGUUUAAAUAUAUCUUUUGAGGCGUUUAAGAGUGAACUAUCUCAGCCAAGGCAUGCAGAAGUAUUUGGUUUAUGGAUCGAAAGUAUUGAAGAUCAAUCUCUAAGAAGUAAGCUAGAGGAAAAAAUACAAAAAGAUAAUGUUCUGAAUGAUCUUUAUGAUCGCUUUAAUAGUCAACUUAAGCAAGAAUAUGACUGGAAUGAGUGUUGUAAAGAUCAAGCUGUUCUUAAAGAACAUGAUAAUUAUAUUCGAGAAAAAGGCCUAUUGUCAGAAAGCUAUAGGGAAUUAUUAGCCUACGUUUUUGGUAUUAAUAUCAGAUUAUAUGUUGAAGAUGAAGAUAAUAAAUUGUUUCUGCAAGAUGAUCACAACCCUUCAUCUAAGCAAAUUAUUCACAUAUUAUGUAGAGACAAUAAAUUUAUACAAUUAAAUAUUGAUAAAAACUACUUAAAGCUAGAAGAAGAGCACAAAAAGAAAGAUGAUCUUUAUGCACAGAUUUUUGCAGAAAUUAAGCCAUUGAAACAAAAACAAGAAUUUGAUGAUUACUUAAAGAAUAAAACUUUUCUAUCUAAUAACAGUCCUUCAGAAGAUGAGCAAUCUUUUAAUGAAGAGGAAGAUAUAGAAAAAAUUAUAGAAUACUUUCCUGAAGUGGAAAGGCAGCAAUUAAAAGGGCGGUUGGACAAAAUUACACGUCAAUAUGUUGGACGGCAAGGAAUUUUGCAUAAUAUAUUGAAACGCUUUUCUAGUGAAGGAAGGUAUGUUUCUUGUCAAGAAUUAUAUUGUUUAAUAAACUCAAUUCUAAGCUCCUUUAUUGAAGAUAAAAAAGAGUUGAAUAUCUUUUGUUGGAUAGUGGCAGCUUAUCCUCAAAAGAGUUGGAUAGAUGAAUUGAUAUUGCUACAACUCGAAAAUUAUUUUAAAAAAACAUUAACAAAAAAACCUGAAUGGAGAAAGUAUUUAUCAAAAAUAGAAAAUAAGGACAUUUUACUGUUAUUUACAAUAAAGUUGGAUCAACAUAAAUCAAGCAAUCCUAUUUCUACUCAAUGUAUUGAAGAUACUCUGCGUUUAUUAAGUAAUAUUUCAAAUGAGACAGUUAGUUUAGAACGACUAGAGUUAUCUGAAUGGCCUUAUGCUUUAAAAGAAAAAUACUGGACAUGCAAGCUAUCAAAAUUAGUAGAUUGGCAAAAGGGUGACUUACCAACAGCUUCUUAUUAUCUUUUAUCUAUAGAGAAUAUUUUUGGGAUGCUUUUAGCGGAGAAAUUUAUAGAGGCUCUAGAAAAGAAAAAACAAGAACUGUCAUCUGAUACGCUUACUAACAUUUUAUCUAAUUUUCAUAAUGAAAAAUGGAACUUAAGUGAAGAAGUGUUAAAUAAUCUUAACAGUUGUAGCAUUGAUGAGUGGGCACAGCAAAUGCAGCAGAAGUUUACUGCUACUAAAGAAGAACGGAAGAUAACGCAGUUAGUUGAACUAAUUAAAUGUAAUGCUAAUACUUCGAAAGAAAUUUUAAACAAAUUGUCAAAAAUUAAGAAUUAUAUUGAAAGUAUUGAUAAGCAUAUAAUUGCUGGAAAACCUAUAGGCAAUUUUACAGAAUAUGACAUUGAAAAUUGGGUAAAAAAAUUCCAAGGUAGCAUUGGAGAUAUUGAAGAAACACACAAGGAAAUACUUGCUGUAAUAGAUAGAGCAAUAGAGUUAAAAAGAGGAUUUCAGCUUCGUGAUACUCAAAGAUUAACUGUAUUGGCGUUAUUGACAAAUAAUCGUAGUACCCUAGCACAAGUUAAUACUGGAGAGGGAAAAUCGUUAAUUGUAGUAGCAGCAUCAAUUAUGAAAGCACUUUGUGGAGAGAAAGUAGAUAUUAUAACUAGCUCUUCUGUAUUGGCAAAACGUGAUGCUGAGGGUAAUAGAGAUAUCUAUAAUUUGUUUAGUAUUAAUGUAUCACAUAACUGUAGUGAAGAUAUUGAAAACAGAAAGGAAGCAUAUUCAGGUAAUCAGGUGGUAUAUGGUGAUUUAUCUAAUUUCCAGCGCGAUUAUUUAUUAGAUAAAUUUUAUGGGAAAAAUAUUUUAGGAGAUCGUAAUUUUGAAAAUUUAAUCGUUGAUGAAGUAGACAGCAUGUUGCUUGAUAAAGGUAAUAAUAUGCUGUACUUAUCCCACGAUCUUGCAGGCUUCGAUAAGCUAGAAUCUGUUUACAUUUAUAUUUGGCAGUGGAUUAAUAGGCCAGCUAGAAAUCACGAAGAACUUUCUUAUGCUUUUGAUACUAAAGCAAUCAAAGAAGCAGUGCUAAAUGACUUAUAUGGCUUAAUGAAAAAAGAAGAUAUUAGAAAACUUGGUUCUGAGUUAGGCGAACAGCAAAAAAAUUUUAUGUGGGAACGUUUAAUCAAAGCUGAGAUAUUAGAUAAUCAGGGCAAACUGUUAAAAGGAAACAUUAAUGAUAAUGAACUUAAUAAAAUACUUUCACCUGAAUUUAAUUGUUACAAAGAUCGUCUUCAAUACCUUUUAAACGAGUGCAUUGAAAGAGAACAAUUUAUACGUGUUCCCAAUAAUCUCAGACCGUUUAUUGAACAGCACUUAGAAUCUUGGAUUAAUAGUGCUAUAACCGCGUUUUGCAUGAUAGCAGGAGAGAACUAUGUAGUGGAUGUAGAUAAAACCGGCACUAGUCCAGAUCUAAAUCCUAACAUCACAAUUCUUGAUAGAGAUACAGGAACAGAUCAAGCGAAUUCUCAAUGGGAUGAAGCACUACAUCAAUUUUUACAACUCAAACAUGGGUGCAAAUUGUCUUUGCAGAGCUUGAAAGCUGUUUUCGUUUCCAAUGUUUCUUUCUUUAAACUGUACAGUAAUUUAUACGGCCUAACAGGUACUUUAGGAUCCCAAAGAGAAAGAGAUUUACUACAAGAAAUACAUGGGGUAGACUUUGUCACUGUUCCUACAGCUAAAUCUAAGCAAUUUCACGAGGACAAACCUAUUCUUUGUACUGGCAAAGAAGAAUGGAUCAAUAGAAUACGUGAUGAGGCAAAAAAGCUAACUGAAGAAAAAGAACGAUCUGUUUUAAUUAUAUGUGAAACAGUAAAUGAUGUAGAGGUUUUAUACAAAGCUUUUGGAGGAAAGAAUGUAAAACAUGUUUAUACUUAUACACGAGAUUACGAAGAGUUUGAUAAAGGGUUUGAAAUUGUUCAAGGUAACAAAGAGUUGGGACAAGGACAGAUUAUUAUUGCAACGAACUUAGCUGGUCGUGGAACUGACAUAAAAAUUACAAAAGAGUUAAGAAGUAAAGGAGGAUUGCAUGUUUGUUUAACUUACUUAUCUAACAAUAUUCGAGUUGAACAGCAAGCAUUUGGGCGAGCAGCAAGAAGUGGAGAUAAAGGUUCUGGUCAGCUGAUCAUUAUGGACUCAAAAGGACAAGGAUAUAGUAACUUAAAAGUAUUGGAUUUAAAAAAAAGGCGCGAUACUGAAGAAUUACAUCGUAUAUCAGACAUUAAAGCCUACUAUGAAACCCAAAUUACUACGGAAGAAAGCUGUUUUAAAUCAUUUAAAGAGCAAUAUGAACAGCUAAAGAAAGACCUUGAUGAUAAGAAAGUACCUACUGAAGUUAAAAAAAUUUUAUUGCAGAGUUGCUUGGACAAAUGGGCUUUCUGGUUAGAUGAACACAAUAAAUAUGUAAGAGAUUUGACAGAUGAACAGGAUAAAAGAAAUCUUCACAACCUACUGGACAAAUUUAUCUCACAAUUAAAGAAUUUAGACACUGGGUAUAGCGAAAAGUGGAUAUCUUCGCCUGACGGGCAUUUAACUCCUCAUAAUAGCACAAGCUGGUUAGCUUGGGUUGAAGGGAAUCCAAUUCAAAUGAUUAAACUUGGAAAAUAUCUCUCCCAAAAUAAGGAAUAUAAAAAUGCCAUUAAAGUGUUUGAUGAAGUGAUUAAAAAAGAGCUAUAUUUUUCUGAAGCAGCACACUAUUACAAGGCAUUUGUAUUAGUAAAGAAAGUUGAUUGGGAAAAAAAGCCUUUAGAAGAAGAAGAUGAGAAACUUUUGAAAGAAUUUAAGCAAGAAUUGCGAGAAGCUGCAAGGCUUUUAGAUGAACAUAGUAAAUUUGCUAUCAAUACAGCAAGCAUUAUUGGUAAGAUUAAGAAAAAUAAUAACGAAAGCAUCCUUCAAAUCGACGCUUAUGAAGAACAGCAAAAGAGCUUGGCUAGUCUUUAUUAUAUGUUUUCACGGUCUAUAGAUGAUAUUUUUGGCCAUACCAUUACUCCACAAUCUUUUGUUAAUCACGAUAUUAAGGAAGAGCUGGCUGAAAGUCUAUAUAAGGAUCUUCUUGAAAAUAAUAUUCUAGAAAAGCCGAGAGUAGAAGAGAACAUCGCCGAAGAAGAGCUAAAAGUCAUCACUUCUAGUUACGGAGUAUCAGUUAAAGAAUUAAAAGGUUUUCUUUCCAAGUAUAAAGGAAAAGAAAUUAAUGAAAGAGAGUUUCAAAAAUCAUUGACGAAAGACAUAAAGCUACCUGACCGAAAAGCAUUUUGGAAAUUGCUUAUUCAAGGAGAAGUUCUAAGUGAAGAAGUUAAGUGUGUUGUAGUUAAUAAUGGAAAACUGAAAGAAAUAGAUCCUUCAUUGUUGGACCAUCUGACUGGAAAAAUAAACCAAAGAGAGUUAGAAAAGCAAACACUAGAGAUCAAUAAUGAACAGAUUCUUUUAAACACAGAAUGGGUUACGCAACAAAAAAAUAAUGGUAAUAUUUUAAAAAAGGAUGACUUUAUAACGAUUGUAGGCAAAGACAAAUAUAAAGUAUUGAAAGAGAGAGGGGUACUUUCAUUUAACAGGAAAGCGCAUAUAGACCCAAGUAAAAUUGAAUCUAUGACUUUUCCAUGUUACGAUUCUAUUACUCUGGAAGAUUUUACUAAAACAAAUAUCACUGAAAGUGAAGCUGAAAAAAUUUUAGCAGAACUAGUCAAACAAAAUGUCGUUGAAAAGAAAGAUAACUCAGAAAAUAGUGCUUAUGGAUUAAAAAUUAAAUUUGAUGAAUUGCAACAAGGUCAGCUUUCUUUCUGUCCAGUUUAUGAGAAUGUUGUAAAAGGACUAUUAUCUACAUGUUUUAUCUAUAGAAUAGCCCUUCAAAGAAUUGUUAAACAUCUGAAAGAAAAAAACUUUCCUGUUCGUCUGCAACUAAUAAACAAACCACAUCAAAACCUAGCCUCAGAAUUAUUGGAGCAAAAAGUCAUCAGACCUGUUACUGUGACAACUGAAGAUGAAGAUUUAGAAGAUAAGUUAAAGGGCAUAUAUAGUCGCACAAUAACUAAAGUUAAUUUUAAAUGUAUACUUUCUCAAAGUAAACUCAUUCCAGAAGAGUGUAUAGAAGAGCUUUUUGAUUUUUUGGUUGAGAAAGGGUGGAUUACCAAGUACAAACCAACACAGUCUAUACGAGAUGAGGGUAUUACAGCUAUUGGCAUGGAAAAUAUUAAAAAUGCUGGCAAAUCUUUAGUACAAGAUCUUUAUUAUAUUAAUAGUCCUGACAAAAGACAAAAACCUUUAAGCUUUUCUUCUAAAGAGCUGCAAAGUAUUGAUAAAACUGUGGAAAAAAUUUUAGACAAUCAGUUACAACUAGUGAAAAAAGAUACAAUUCAAAAUAUUGUCAACACCUUGAAAAGAUCAAGAAGUUCAUUAAAAACUUUAAAAAUUCCUGAUGGUAAGCUAAAACCUAUCACUGAGUCUUGUGAAUUUGGAAAUAUACAAGAAGUGUAUGUUUUUUCUCUCAAUGGGUUAGAUAAACUUUUACAGUUAGAAGAAAUGAAAUGGACACAAGAAAUGCUUUUUAACACUGCAAUAAUAACUGCUAUGGGAGUGUGCCAAAUAGUUAUAGGUACUGCUAUAGAGUUAUACUCAGUGGGUAUGAUGACUCAUGUUGGUGCUGCAUUUGUUAAUGAAGGUGUAAAUGACCUCUUUUAUGCUGCUGGUGCUUUAAAGUCCGGUUAUUUUAGCUGGAAAGAUUAUAGACAGCAAAAACUUCAGAGUUUAAUGGUUACAGCUGUUACUGUUGGUGUAGGAGCUUACCUUUCAAGAGGUGCUAAGGUAUCACGUUUUGGCCAUAAACUAGCCGGACCUAAUUUUGAAUUUGGUAAAAAAGUAGCAGAAAUGUCCGGAACUCAGUUAAUUGAAACAGUAGGUACUACGGUAGUAAACGGAGUAGUUAAAAAGAGCUUAGCAUCAGGUUGGAAAAUAAUAGGAAAAGAAGUUGCAAAGCGUAUUAUAUUAAAAACUAUAGAAGGGGUAGCGUUUGGCUUAGUUAAUGCAGGAGUUGAUACACUCGUUGAAAAUUACCUUCAAGCAUUAUGUGAAGGCAUAGCCUCUGAUAUUUUGUCCGAUAUUGAACGCGAAGUAGAAGAACAUAAUAUCUCUAUAAAUUUAAAAGAAGUCUAUAAGGUAUUAGGAAGAGAAAACGCAAAAAAACUUAUAGAUGACUUAACUAGAAGUGUCUUUACUAGGCAAAGUUAUGUGGAAGAGUUUUUGCCUAUUGCCAGCAAGAUAGUUAGUAGUGUAACUCAAGGAAUUGGGGAAGCUAUUAAGAAAAGAAGUAAAACAAGUAACAAAUUGGAAUUACCUAUUUCUGCUAUUAGUAAGGUAGUGGUUUGGUUAGAACGUUCCGCUCAGAUUGCCAAUAUAACAAUGAUUACUAAUAAUCUUUUAAAUAACUUAGAUCAGGAAAUAAAAGGUAGACUAAAUAAGCUUGAAAAAAAGGUAGAACGUAAUCAAAAACAAGAAGUGGAGAAAGAUUAUGAAAGCUUUAAAAAAGAAGUAAUUGAUCAGUGGAAAUCAUUGCUUCGCGAAAAAGCUGGGCAAAUUAUAGCACGGCAUAUUGUAAGCCCUGUCCUUAAAGAAAACGCUAAUCAUCUGGUUAGAUAUGUUGGAAAAAAAGUGCAAGAAGCAUAUCAGUCUUACAAAGAAAGUGGGUAUUUUAAGUGCUUUGAAGAAUUGAAACAGGAGUAUACGAAAAAACUAAAAAAUGAACAACAAUGUGACAAUACAUCUAAAACAGAAAACCGUAUUACGGAAAAAUAUCAUAAAGAUUUGCAAAAGUUGAUCAUCAAAACUAGAAAUCCUGACUUAUUCGCAGCUAUAAUCAAAGAAAACAUUCCAAUGGGUAUGGUAUGUGUUAGUGCGUGUGUUCAAGUAGUACAAAAGAUACUAAAUGAGCAAGGAGUUGUAAUUCCAGGACUAACCGUUAUUGUCGAAGGAGAUGGUGGUAUAAGACAAGAGUUUUCCUCUAUGUCUGAAGGAGCAGAAAGUACAAUUAUUAAAUUUGGGCUCAAAGAUAAUCAUUUUACAUUUUGUGGAAGCAGCACAUCAGAAAACAAUGGAAGUAGUGAAUCAAAAAAUAAUUGCUUAUGUGAGGCUUUUUUAGAAGCUAUACCUGGAUUAAAAGAUAUAAUAUCACCAGAAGAAUUAAGAACUAAGGCAGCUCAUUUUAUUAAACAUGAUAAUGAAAUACGGCACCACAUUCAGCAAGGCUGGCACCGAUUUCCUACAUCUCUUGGUGCGUUUGGUGGUAAGCGUUCCACUCCUGCACCUACUAGCAGACUAAAUGAACAAGCAGAAAAUCAAUCGCCAUAUCAACAUUCUAAUUCCAGAGGGGAAUGGAAAUUUGAUACAAAUAAAGACAUAGAUUUACGGGAAGAUAGGGUGUUAACAAAUAAGGAAUCUCAUCUACAACUUACUGAAGGUUAUAAUAAAGCUCUUAAUAAAAUUAACCAAGCACUUUCUAGUAUUAAUAAAAAAUCUGUAUCUGUUGAUCCCGCAAGUUUUAAGGCAACAAAGUAUGAUGCAAUACUAUGUAAUACUAACAAUUUCGGUCAAAUAGGCACAGCACUAUAUCCAGUAGAGAUGGAAGCUAUAGUUGAAAUAUGGGUUCCAGAUAUUAAUGAAAACGUGAAAUAUAAAUUAAGAAUUGACCUUGAUAACCCUAUAAUUGAAUCAAAUUUACAGGGACCACAUGGUCCUCAUAUUGGGUAUGAGGUUAUUCCCCAUAAUAAACAAGCCCCUAAAGGGAUUACUGGACAUAUACUUAUAAAUCAAGUGGAAAAUGAAAGACUUCCUGAUCGGGGACGUAGUCAAUAUACUGACAAUAGUAAAAAACCUAAGAUACCUACAACAAGAUUAUUUUUUCCACCCAAUAGGCCUAACACCUAUCUAGAAAGAGAUGAAACAGGACAAGGAGGAACUGAUAGCAGAGGUCGUUCAUACCCAACCACAGAUUUCUGAGAUACAAAUUUAACCCUUAUGUGCACAACCAACUUUACCAACGUUGUUACACGACCGGGGUACCCAGGUAUCCACCUCUCUUUAUUUCAGUUUUUUAAAUAUUCCUCCAAAUGAAAUCAUUUUCUUAACAUUUAUUUGAAUAAAUAAAGAUGUAUGAUGAGUGUCCGAGGCAAUAUCAAAUGAAAAUAGACCUCUUAACAGCUCGUACAAAGGUAGGAGAAAGCAGGACCUUAAAGGUCGGCGCGCGGCUCCGAAUACAUCAACAGAAGUAUGUAUACUGACUGUGUUUGGAUUCCAUGAAAACAUAACACUGUGCUCAUACGUACCGAAGAAAAGUAAAGCAGUAAUUCUGUUAUCAACAAUGCAUGCCGAUAUGGCUGUGAAUAAUGAUGCUAAAGCCCCACAUUAUUACUUAUUAUAAUAAAUAUGAAACUGGCGUCGAUACAAUGGACCAAAUGAUUAGUAGAUAUACAACAAAACGUCGCACUCUGAGAUGGCCGCUAGUUAUGUUUUUCAACAUGUUAGACACCAGCUCACUCGCUUCCUAUUAGAUAUAUUAUGAAAAAAAAAAAAAAAAAAAAAAAUGAUCGAAUUGAGUAUCCUCCUCCUUUUCGAAGUCGGAUAAUAAUAAGAUGCUUCCAAGAAAAACUAAUCAGCGCAGGCUAU